AUGGUGGAAAUUAGCGAGUGCCCACAGAUGAUUCAGUCGCUGAACCAAAGCGGAGUGGUGCCCGUGAUUCUUACUGGUGACUUCAACAGCCCGUCACAUAUGGACUGGACCAAUGAGACCAUGGAAGAGCAUGGGAACUGGAUGGUGGAAUGGCCAGCCACGAAGAUUGCCGAGGAUAUGGGAUUGAUAGAUUCUUUUCGUGAGCUCUACCCGAAUGUCACUGAAGUCCCAGGGUAUACUUGGUCCACGGUAAACAAAUUUCUACAAGACUGGGAGUUCAACAUCCCAGAGCCUCAGGACCGUAUCGACUUCAUUUACUAUAAAGGCAGUAUUGUACCGGUGCGAUCGUUUCUGUACUCGGGAUCGGAGCCAUUGAAGCCGAUGCCACACCAUCGAUUCAACGACUAUCCCUCAGAUCACUUCGCUCUCGUCACCGAGUUUGUAUUCUACGAGUGUAGACCAUGCAAGUGA